GGAAGCAGACAGAAAAACAAGUGUCAAAUAGUCAAAUAAAUGAGCUGCUUUUUUUCUUGUGUAAACUAAGCUACAGAUUCAAAUCUGGGACUUACAUAUUAACAUUAUGGGGCCAAAAGCAAGAACGAAAUCUAUCCAGAAUCGAAAAUUAAGUGGAAAAAACGAACAUUUAACUCGUGAAAAAUUGCCUGAAAAAGUUAAUGUCAGGGCUAUACAAAAAGGACAUAGUACAAACAAUGAUCUCCAUGAUGAUUGGUCCCCAAAUGUUCAAACGGUUUUCAAAGCAUUAGCAUCUGCACGAUUGUGUGCUGCUGUUUGGAACAACAUCACAGACUGUGAUGAAACCUACAACUAUUGGGAACCUUUACAUUACCUGUUGUUUGGCUCUGGAUUUCAAACAUGGGAAUACUCCCCAGUUUAUGCCUUACGUUCAUACAUGUUUCUUCUCAUGCAUGCCCUUCCAGCUUGGAUUUAUGGUCUUGUUCUUCAUUCUAACCAAGUUCUUGUUUUCUACUUUUUGAGAUGGCUUCUAGGCUUUGCUUCAACCACUUCUGAGACUUACUUUUAUAAGGGUGUUGUACAACAGUUUGGACCAAAAGUUGGAAGAUUGACUUUUGUAUUCCUUUUAUUUAGUGCUGGGAUGUUUCAAUCCUCAUCAGCAUUUCUCCCAUCCACAUUUUCCAUGUAUAUGUGUCUCAUCUCAAUGGGAGCAUGGUUUCAAGGAAACUGUAUUUUGGCGAUUCUAACUACAGCAAUUUCUGCAUUUUUGAGUUGGCCGUUUGCUGGUAUUAUUGGAAUUGGUAUCGCAGUGGACGUUUUAAUCCUCAAAAAGAGAUGGCGAAUGUUUAUCGGUUGGUGCAUUACAUCGGUUCUCAUCGUUUUGGUUCCUAUAAUUCUAGUCGAUUCCUACUAUUAUGGGCGAUUGGUGGUUGCGCCCUUCAAUAUAGUUUUGUACAACAUAUUUUCUAACCAUGGGCCUGACUUGUACGGGACAUCUCCAUUGAGUUUUUAUUUUCUCAAUGGGUUUCUUAAUUUCAAUUUCAUAUUCCCAUUGGGGCUUAUUGCCCUUCCCACCAUUUUGAUUACGAGAAAACUGAAUCCCAUCAGAAAUCAGUCUAUCCCACUUUGGUUAGCACUCUUGCCCCUUUACAUUUGGAUCCUCAUAUUCUUCACUCAGCCUCACAAGGAGGAGAGAUUCUUGUACCCGAUCUACCCGUUGUUUGGCCUUGCAGCAGCUUUCACUUGGACUUGUUUUGAAUCCUGUGUUAGAGCUUUGAAGCUACCAGAAAAGUUCACUCAGUAUUUGACAUUAGCAUUGAUAGUUUCAUCAUCCGGCAUCUCUGUCAGCCGUGUUAUCGGCCAAUAUAGAGGAUACCAUGCUCCAAUGGACGUUUUUCUAGAGUUGAACCGUUUGUCGUGGGAAAACGAGGGAGACUCAAUGAAAUAUAACAUCUGCGUGGGUAAGGAAUGGCAUCGGUACCCUUCAAGUUUCUUUCUUCCAAACAACAUGAAGCUGCUUUUCAUAGCAUCUGAAUUUCGUGGUCAAUUGCCACGUCCGUUCGAUCCGGCACCCAACGGAACUUGGUCGAUACCGCCGUACAUGAAUGAUCUCAAUAAAGAAGAGGAAACACGAUACGCAGCGUUAAAGGAUUGUGAUUAUAUAGUGGAUUUGGAAACUGGUGUAACGACCGAACACGAACCACAAUACAGCCAAAUGACAGAAUGGGAGACUAUUUUUCAAGUCGAUUUCCUUGACAAUGCUGGAUCGCCUCAACUUUUGAGAGCUUUCUACAUUCCGUGGUUUAGUGAGACUUACUGCAAGAAGAUUCCUUACGUGCUGCUGAAAAGGAAGCCCAGCUCUAAUAAUAAGAAGAAACGGCAGCGUUAGUAACAUUAUCCAACGGGCUUGUAUUCUGUUGUUUUCUCAUCAUUGUUUUCGUGGUUUGUUUUAAAUGGAGUGAAACAGUGACAAUGGAACUUUCAAAUAGAAUUAAAAGGUCUGGUGAGAUUAAAACAAUCUUGAAUGCAUA